UUGAAAGUUUUUCAUCGCGGGAAAAUCGAUCGAUACUUUGCGUCGAACGUACGUAUGAUUCUUUUCGGCAAAUAGCAUUUCGUAAAAUAGCAGCAGCCAGCAGUGUCGUUAUCGAGUUCUCGAGAGCAUCUUAAAGUGCAACAUGGCAUCUUAUAUAGUGAUGACUUUAUUAUUUGUGUUUUCUGCGUCUGCCGAAUUCGUUUGGAAACAUCACAACAACGAGGAAUUACCAUUGGUUUUGGAAGAAGUCCAUCAGAAAUGCCCUAACAUUACGCGAGUGUAUGCUCUAUCAGAACCUUCUGUUUGUAACGUUCCUCUGUACGUCAUUGAAUUUUCUGAUUCUCCAGGAUUCCACCAACCCUAUAAACCAGAAGUUAAGUACGUUGGAAAUAUGCAUGGAAAUGAAGUGUUGGGACGUGAACUGCUGUUAGGUCUAGCUGAUUAUCUUUGUGAUCAAUAUUUGAAACAAGACCGCCGCAUCAGAGCACUCAUUCACAGCACUCGUAUUCAUUUACUGCCUUCAAUGAAUCCUGAUGGCUGGCAGCUGUCUACAGACACAGGUGGACAAGACUACCUGAUUGGACGUAACAAUAACCAUUCUGUUGACCUGAACAGGAAUUUCCCAGACUUGGAUGCCAUUACUUUUGAAUUUGAGAGACAAGGUAUUAAUCACAAUAACCACCUGUUAAAAGACUUAACCCGUCUAGCAGCACCAUUGGAACCAGAAACUCGUGCUGUAAUGAGAUGGAUUAUGUCCAUUCCAUUCGUUCUUAGUGCGGCAAUACACGGGGGAGACCUUGUCGCUAACUAUCCAUAUGAUGAAAGUAGGAGCGGUGCUCCAGUUUCUGAAUAUUCUGCUAGCCCUGAUGAUGAUACUUUUAGGGAAUUAGCUACGACAUACGCAUCCGCUCAUGCUGACAUGGCGUCGGCCAGUCGUCGUGGUUGCCACACCACUAGUUCUGAUGACUCCGCCACUUAUAACUUUGGAAAGCAAGGAGGCGUUACUAAUGGCGCCGCGUGGUACAGCUUAAAAGGAGGAAUGCAAGACUUCAACUACUUGGCAACGAAUGCGUUCGAGGUAACGCUCGAACUCGGAUGUGAUAAGUAUCCAGCUGCGAGCGAAUUAGCUAAAGAAUGGGAGAGAAAUCGCGAAGCACUAUUGGCCUAUUUAUGGAAAGCUCAUAUCGGCAUCAAGGGCAUAGUGAACGACGAUUCCGGAUUUAUACAAAACGCUAUUAUAUCUGUCGUGAACAUAACCGGACCAGUCCCGCGGCCGAUCAGACAUGACGUCACAACAGGUGCAUAUGGGGACUACUACCGCUUAUUGACUCCGGGUCACUACGAAGUGACCGCGAGUCAUCCCGGAUACUUCCCUGUGUCUCGAGUGGUCACAGUACCACAUCACCAGACCUCCGCACACGUGCUCAAUUUCAGGCUAGAGGUAUGUAUUUUUUUGACCAUUUUUUAGGAAUUGGAAGUAUUGGUGGGUUUUCGUAUUUUAUUAGUAAAACCCAUCUCAGAGUACAAAAUGGAUU